AACCCGGUCGCAUCAACAUCGCCGGAAUCAGGUUAUUCCUCCUAUUUCUUCUUCCAAUUGAUAUUUUGAAGUAUCCACACAACCCGAUAAACCCACAAAAGAUUCACGAUUUAUGUUAUUCAUCAGCAUAUAACACUGUAUAGAUCUAUGCAGUCGUUAUUGCUCAACAUUCAUAUAGCGAUCUAACUGGAAAACAGCUGAUCAGCAUCUGAGAUAAUUAGGCUGGUCUUUUUCAGGUGACUGAUAAGGAUUUGUUAAUUGAUAACUUAUAGCUGUAAUAUUAUGGAUGAUGAAGAAGAAAAACUAGACAAUAUAGAACUUUCUGGGGGAGGCGAUUCAUUCAGCAAUGUAGAUUUAAAAGUGGAAACAUCUGAUUCAGAACAUAUCAGUACUGUUGACAUUAGCAUUGCAGAUGUUGUAGGAAGCUAUUCUAAGGAGGGAGGGGUUGAUUCUGAAAGUAGAUAUGUGGAUGAUGGUAUGUUUGAGCAGGUAUCAUUAGAUAAAGAAAAAGAGAAGAUUGUUCGGGAUUCUGAGAGUGGUAAUGCUGGGGAUUUGGAUAAUCUUAGGAGCUCAUCUGGUGGAAAUGAGGAGACAUUUGGAGUUUCGGUUAAAGGCAGUACAGUUGACUCUGAUUCUUCACCAGCUGUUGUUCAAGUACAUCAGGAUGGUAAUGCCUCAAAUCGUGGAUCAGGGGGACUAUCACCUUAUCUCUCUGAGCAAUCAUCUACUCGAACUAGUUAUGAUUCCCCCUUGUAUGCAUAUGGGGAUGGCGGACACUCCCCAAUUGGUUCACCCCGAAAGCCUAAGCCAAAACCCGUGCCAAAUGUUUCACCAGAGCUCUUGCAUUUGGUGGAUUCUGUUAUCAUGGGGAAGCCUGAAAGCAUGGACAGUCUGAAGAAUAUUGUGAGCGGAGUAGAAAGCUUCGGUAAUGGACAAGAGGCAGAGAGCAUUGCAUUAUUGGUGGUUGAUUCACUUCUUGCAACGAUGGGUGGUGUUGAAUCUUUUGAGGAAGAAGAGGAUAACAACCCACCUAGUGUGAUGUUGAACUCCAGGGCUGCCGUAGUAUCAGGUGAGCUUAUUCCAUGGCUUCCUUGGUUAGCAGAUACCGUGGGUUUCAUGUCCCCUAGGACACGGAUGGUCCGUGGAUUGCUUGCUAUAUUGCGAGCUUGUACAAGAAACAGAGCUAUGUGCUGUUCGGCAGGUUUGUUGGGGGCUCUUUUGCGGUCAGCUGAGAAGAUUUUUGUUGAUGAUGCUGAUUCAACUAAGCAGUUGCGAUGGGAUGGAACUCCUUUAUGCUCCUGCAUCCAAUACUUAGCUGGACAUUCCCUUAGUGUAACAGAUUUGAAAAGGUGGUUUUUCACAAUUACAAAAACAAUACACACUUCAUGGGCACCUCGUUUAAUGCUUUCGUUGGAGAAGGCACUGGGCAGCAAAGAGUCAAGGGGUCCAGUAUCUUCAUUUGAAUUCGAUGGUGAAAGUUCUGGUUUGCUUGGUCCAGGGGAGAGCCGUUGGCCCUUUCCUAAUGGGUAUGCAUUUGCAACAUGGAUCUAUAUUGAAUCGUUUGCGGACACCUUAAACACAGCUACUGCUGCUGCAGCAAUUGCUGCAGCAGCAGCAGCUAAAUCCGGAAAAUCAUCAGCUGUAUCUGCUGCUGCUGCUGCUAGUGCGCUAGCAGGUGAAGGCAUGGCACACAUGCCUCGACUUUUCAGCUUCUUAUCUGCUGAUAAUCAGGGUAUGGAGGCAUAUUUUCAUGCUCAAUUUUUGGUGGUUGAAAGUGGUAGUGGGAAAGGUAGGAAGGCUUCUUUGCAUUUUACCCAUGCAUUUAAGCCACAAUGUUGGUAUUUUGUUGGUCUUGAGCAUACUUCCAAGCAAGGGUUACUUGGUAAGGCAGAGAGUGAACUGAGAUUGUACAUUGAUGGAACUUUGUAUGAAAGUCGUCCUUUUGAAUUCCCUCGAAUAUCCAAGCCACUUGCAUUUUGCUGCAUUGGAACGAACCCACCCCCAACAAUGGCCGGUUUACAGAGACGCCGUCGCCAAUGUCCUUUGUUUGCUGAGAUGGGACCUGUAUAUAUCUUUAAAGAACCAAUUGGUCCAGAGAGGAUGGCUCAGUUGGCUUCUAGAGGAGGAGACGCACUCCCUUCAUUUGGUAAUGCUGCAGGAUCACCAUGGUUGGCAACAUUUGCUCAUGUGCAAAAUGUUUCAGAAGAAAGUGCACGUUUAGAUGCAGAAAUAGCAGGAUACCUUCACCUUCUAUAUCAUCCUAGUCUACUAAGUGGUCGAUUCUGUCCAGAUGCUUCUCCUUCUGGCGCUGCAGGGAUGCUCCGACGACCUGCUGAAGUUCUUGGGCAGGUACAUGUGGCUACAAGGAUGCGGCCUGCAGAAGCUUUGUGGGCUUUGGCAUAUGGAGGUUCAAUGUCUUUGCUUCCAUUCGUAGUAAGCAAGGUUGAUAAUGAUAGCUUGGAACCAACAAGGGGAGAUCUUACUCUGUCACUGGCCACAACGGCUCUUGCUGCCCCAAUAUUUAGGAUUAUAUCACUUGCAAUCCAACAUCCGGGCAACAAUAAUGAGCUGUGUCGUACUAAAGGGCCAGAAGUUUUGUCAAAAAUUUUAACCUAUCUUCUACAAACUUUAUCUUCACUUGAUGUUACCAAGCAUGGAGUGGCUGAUGAGGAAAUUGUAGCAGCUAUUGUCUCUUUAUGUCAAUCUCAGAAGAAUAAUUAUGCACUUAAAGUGCAGCUUUUCAGUACGCUGUUGCUGGAUUUGAAAAUUUGGAGUUUAUGCAGCUAUGGCUUACAGAAGAAACUUUUAUCGUCCCUAGCAGAUAUGGUUUUCACCGAGUCAUCUGUGAUGCGUGAUGCUAAAGCUAUUCAAACUCUUCUUGAUGGCUGCAGGAGAUGCUAUUGGACUAUUCGUGAAAAAGAUUCAGUGAAUACAUUUUCUCUUAAUGGAGCUGCACGUCCGGUUGGAGAAGUGAAUGCUUUAGUUGAUGAGCUUCUAGUGCUUAUUGAACUUCUUGUGGUGGCCGCUCCUUCUUCAAUGGCUGUGGAUGAUAUUCGUUCUUUACUUGGCUUCUUGGUUGAUUCUCCUCAACCAAAUCAGGUCGCAAGGGCGUUGCACCUGCUAUAUAGGUUGGUGGUACAACCAAAUACUUCUAGAGCUCAAACGUUUUCAGAGGCAUUCAUAUCUUGUGGUGGCAUAGAAGCACUUCUUGUCCUAUUGCAGCGGGAAGCAAAAGCCGGAGAUUAUGACGUACCAGACCCUUUGGUCAAUAAUGAUGAAGCUGUGACAUCCCCAGGAGCUAAAGCCAACGGUGGUGGUGGUUUGGAAAAUAGCAAAACCGAUGAUGUUGUGUCCUUGGAUAGAAAUGAAUUGUCAUCUCAUGAACCUCAGACUCGUACUAGUGCCAAUACCAUUCCCAUAGGCUCUAAUAUGGAAAGCAAGGAAUCAGUUUCUGAGAGUCAGUUUAAAAAGAUUUUGGGUGGUAUAAAUUUUUCUAUCAGUGCCGAUAAUGCAAGGAACAAUGUCUACAAUGUUGACAACAGUGACGGUAUUGUUGUUGCUAUAAUUGGCCUGUUUGGAGCUUUAGUCAUCUCUGGGCAUCUCAAAUCUGGAUCCCAUACUCCAGAUAUGACACGCAACAUUCAUGGUUUGCUUGAGGGUGGGGGUAGUAUGUUUGAAGAUAAAGUUUCACUUCUACGUUAUGCUUUGCAAAAGGCUUUCCAGGCAGCACCAAACAGGCUUAUGACUGGCAACGCUUACAUGGCUUUAUUGAGCGCCUCGUUAAAUGCAUCCACGACAGAUGAGGGAUUGAACUUCUACGACUCCCGACAUCGCUUUGAGCAUUCACAGCUUCUGGUGGUUCUAUUGAGUUCACUUCCACAUGCACCAAAGAGUUUCCAAUGCCGAGCACUACAGGAUCUUCUGAUUUUGGCAUGCAGCCAUUCUGAAAACAGAAACAGGCUCACUAAGAUGGAAGAAUGGCCUGAAUGGAUAUUGGAAAUUCUUAUUUCCAAUUAUGAGAUGUGUGGGAAGAACACUUCAAUGUCUUCAGGCUUCAGAGAUGUUGAAGACCUUAUAUACAAUUUCCUCAUCAUCAUGUUGGAGCACUCGAUGCGUCAAAAGGAUGGAUGGAAGGAUAUUGAAGCUACAAUUCAUUGUGCAGAAUGGCUUUCGAUGGUGGGUGGAUCUAGUACAGGAGAGCAGCGCAUAAGACGAGAGGAAUUGUUGCCCAUUUUUAAGAGAAGGCUUUUAUGUGGGCUGCUGGACUUUGCUGCUAGGGAACUGCAGGUUCAGACUCAAGUUAUUGCUGCAGCUGCUGCUGGUGUUGCCGCUUACGGAUUACCACCGGAGGUUUCUAAGGCAGAAGCAGAGAAUUCUGCCCAACUUUCUGUGGCUUUGGUAGAGAAUGCAAUCGUGGUGUUAAUGCUUGUUGAAGACCAUUUGCGCCUGCAAAGCAAACUUUAUAGUUUUUCUCUCAUUCAAGAUGGUUAUGAUUCCUCUCUUUCAUCUGUGGUCCGUGUUGGUAACCACACAAAUCUCCCCAAAAUCCCAGAACCUUUGGAAGCAGAGACUUCAUCUACUGAAUCUAGAAGUCUUCCCCUUGAUGUGCUUGCUUCUAUGGCUGACACUAAGGGGCAAAUUUCGGCAAUAGUGAUGGAACGGCUUACAGCUGCUGCAGCAGCUGAACCCUAUGAUUCUGUUUCUUGUGCUUUUGUAUCAUAUGGCAGCUGUGCUGUAGAUUUAGCUGAAGGUUGGAAAUAUAGAAGUAGAUUAUGGUAUGGGGUCGGUCUUCCUACGGAAACAUCCAAUUUCGGUGGUGGUGGCAGUGGCUGGGAUGCCUGGAAUUCUGCUUUGGAGAAAGAUUCAAAUGGUAACUGGAUUGAACUGCCUUUAGUAAAUAAAUGUGUUGCCAUGCUACAAGCUUUGUUGUUAGACGAGUCCGGGCUUGGUGGUGGUCUUGGUAUCGGAGGAGGUUCUGGUACAGGGAUGGGAGGCAUGGCGGCCCUUUAUCAGUUGUUAGACAGUGACCAGCCCUUCUUAUGCAUGCUCCGGAUGAUACUUGUUUCGAUGAGGGAAGAAGAUGAUGGUGAAAAUAGUAUGCUUACGAGGAAUCUUAGUGCUGAUGAAGGGUCUUUUGAAGGAUCACGUGGACAAGAUGGAAGUGUUCCAUCAUCCUUAGAAAACAGUCAUCGGACAUCAAUGAGGCAGCCCCGUUCUGCAUUAUUGUGGAGUGUGCUUUCGCCCCUCUUGAACAUGCCAAUUUCAGAGUCCAAGCGACAGAGAGUGUUGGUUGCAUCUUCCGUUUUAUAUUCUGAGGUGUGGCAGGCUGUUAGCCGGGACAGAGUCCCUCUUCGAAAACAGUAUCUAGAAGCUAUUUUGCCACCAUUUGUUUCGGUUUUAAGGAGAUGGCGACCUUAUUUAGCUGGAAUUCAUGAGCUUGUGGCCACUGAUGGUUUGAAUCCUCUAGCUGUCGAUGACCCAGCCUUGGCCGCUGAUGCACUGCCUAUAGAGGGUGCUCUUGCCAUGAUCACACCUGGUUGGGCUGCUGCUUUUGCAUCUCCACCUGCUGCAUUGGCAUUGGCGAUGAUUGCUGCAGGUGCCGGUGGAGGGGAAGCCGCCGCUCCUGCAACAACUGUGAAUCCACAACGCGACUCUUCCUCCUCACUUGGUCGAAAGCCCGCUAGGCUUCAUUCUUUUGCUAGCUUUCGUGAACCUAGAGAGGCAGCUAGCAAGCCAUCAACUGCAAAAGACAAGGCUGCUGCAAAAGCAGCAGCACUGGCUGCUGCUCGUGAUAUUGAACGUAAUGCAAAAAUUGGUUCUGGAAGAGGUCUGAGUGCCGUGGCAAUGGCUACAGCUGCACAGAGACGGAAUAGAAGUGAUAUGGACCGUGUAAAGAGAUGGAAUGUUUCUGAAGCAAUGGGAACUGCCUGGAUGGAGUGUUUGCCAUCUGCCGACAACAAACCAGUUUUUAAGAAAGAUUUUAAUGCUCUUUCAUAUAAAUUCAUUGCCGUUCUAGUUGGAAGCUUAGCUUUAGCUAGAAACUUGCAACGAUCAGAGGUUGACAGGCGUGCGCAAGUUGAUUCCAUUGCUCGGCAUCGUGCAUGCACUGGCAUACGUGCCUGGUGUAAACUCAUCCAUUACUUGAUAGAGACAGAAUGUCUCUUCGGACCAAUCAGUGAAAAUCUUUACAAUCCUGAACGAAUUUUCUGGAAGCUAGAUCACAUGGAAAGUUCUACACGGAUGCGGAGAUGUUUGAGGAGGGACUUUGAGGGAUCGGAUCAUUUUGGUGCUGCUGCAAAUUAUGAAGAUCCUGUGGAGCCGAAACAUGGUAAAGAGAAUGUAGCCAGUCCUUCUAAGGCCUCUAUUUUGCCUACAGAAGCUAUCUCAAUGGAAUUAGUAAAUGACGAUGAUGAACAAGAGGAUAUUGUUAAUAUGGAGGGAAAGACUAAUGAUAUGGGGAAGAUAGAUGAUACACAAACAAGGCUAUCUGGGAUAGCAGAGCAGCCGUUGCAUGUGCCAGAUUCUACGAAAUCCCAAGUUGGAAAUAACGAAGAGUUUGCGAGUUCAGCAGCAGUUGGCCCUGGUUAUAUUCCCAGUGAACAUGACGAAAGAGUUAUUCUUGAGCUCUCGGCAUCAAUGGUCCGACCAUUAAAGGUUUGGCAAGGAACAUUUCAGAUAACAACGAGAAAAAUCAACUUUCUUCUUGAUAAAUCUGAGGGCAUUAUCGGGGAGGAUGGGUUGGAUCAUAAAACUGAAAGCAAAGUUGUAGAUAAGGACCGGAGUUGGUUGAUAUCUUCUCUUCAUCAAGUAUACAGCAGGAGAUAUCUCCUAAGAAGAAGUGCUCUGGAAUUGUUUAUGGUUGACCGAUCAAACUUCUUCUUUGACUUUGGGACUACCGAGGGGAGGAGGAGCGCAUAUCGAGCCAUUGUUCAAGCACAUCCUUCUCAUUUAAACAAUAUAUACUUGGCGACUCAGAGACCAGACCAACUUCUCAAGAGGACUCAACUUAUGGAACGUUGGGCACGCUGGGAGAUCAGCAACUUCGAAUAUCUAAUGCAGCUCAACACACUGGCUGGGCGUAGUUAUAAUGACAUCACCCAGUAUCCCGUUUUCCCAUGGAUUCUUUCAGAUUACAAGUCGAAGCAUUUGGAUCUUGCAAAUCCCUCAUCUUACCGAGAUCUAUCAAAGCCUGUGGGAGCACUAAAUGCUGAUCGGUUGAAAAAGUUUCAGGAGAGAUACUACAGCUUUAACGAUACUGUCAUACCCAAGUUCCAUUAUGGUUCACAUUACUCAAGUGCCGGGACAGUAUUGUAUUAUCUCAUGCGAGUGGAGCCAUUUACUACUCUUUCAAUUCAAUUACAAGGUGGCAAGUUUGACCAUGCUGACAGAAUGUUUUCAGAUAUUUCUGCUACAUGGAAUGGUGUUCUAGAGGACAUGAGUGAUGUGAAGGAACUGGUUCCUGAGCUGUUUUACCUUCCAGAGCUAUUAUUGAAUGAGAAUUCAAUUGAUUUUGGUACCACACAACUUGGAGAUAAGCUAGAUUGUGUUAGGCUUCCUCCUUGGGCUGAAAACCCUGUUGAUUUUGUGCAUAAGCAUCGGAUGGCUCUUGAAAGUGAGCAUGUCUCAGCACAUUUGCAUGAAUGGAUAGAUCUCAUAUUCGGGUAUAAGCAACGAGGAAAAGAAGCUAUUUCAGCAAACAAUGUAUUCUUCUACAUCACCUAUGAAGGGACUGUGGAUAUAGACAAAAUUGUGGAUCCGGUUCAACAACGUGCUAUGCAAGAUCAAAUUGCUUACUUUGGACAAACCCCGUCACAACUUUUAACGACACCUCACAUAAAGAAGAUGCCACUUUCAGAUGUUCUUCAUAUGCAGACCAUCUUCCGAAAUCCCAAAGAAGUCAAAGCAUAUAGUGUUUCAUCUCCGGAACGCUGCAAUCUACCUGCUUCAGCCAUUCGGGCAUCUUCAGAUUCUCUUCUAAUCGUUGAUAUGGAUGCUCCGGCAGCACAUAUUGCACAACACAAAUGGCAACCAAAUACACCCGAUGGCCAAGGAACACCGUUCCUGUUUCAACAUGCAAAGGCUAACACAAGCUCGAGUGGUGGAAGUUUCAUGCGUAUGUUCAAAGGACCAUCAGGAUCCAGCUCAGAGGAAUCGCAAUAUCCUCAGGCUCUUGCAUAUGCAGCUCCAGGACUUAGGAGCUCUUCCAUAGUCUCCAUCACAUGUGACAACGAAAUUAUCACGGGUGGACAUGUGGACAACAGUGUUCGGCUAAUAUCACCUGAUGGUGCAAAAACCAUGGAGAUAGCUCGAGGUCAUUCAGCACCUGUGACAUGUAUGUCUCUCUCACCCGAUAGCAACUAUCUCGUGACUGGUUCCCGAGACACAAUGGUUCUAGUCUGGAGGAUACAUCAAUCAGCCACUCCUCAAACAAGCAGCAUAUCGGAAUUUCCCUCUAACGCAGGAACACCAACUUCAGCUGGCACUAAUACUAUAAAUAGCUUGCCGGAUAAGAAUCGGAAACGACGAAUUGAGGGUCCCAUACAGGUUAUCCGGGGCCAUUUUGGAGAAGUUUUGAGCUGUUGUGUUGAUUCAGAUCUUGGAGUUGUUGCUUCGUGCUCUGAAUCUUCAGACGUUUUGCUUCAUUCAGUGAGCAGGGGUAGAUUGCUCAGAAGGCUUGAUGGUGUAAAGGCACAUAUGGUCUGCCUUUCACCGGGUGGUGUCGUGAUUACUUAUAAUCGGUCGUUGUACACUCUCUCGACUCAUACGCUUAACGGGAUGUUGAUUUCUCGAGCACAUCUUUCAUUCUCGUCUACCGUAAGUUGCAUGGAGGUUUCUUCAGAUGGACGAAGUCUCUUGAUUGGACUGAAUUCGUGUUCAGAAAACAACGAUGUCAGCAGAAUGAAGUCCAAAACGCAAGAAACUGAAGGCGGUGAGCCUGAAUCGAAAGAAAAUGAGGAAAUGGAAAGAUUGGAUAUUUCAUCUCCUUCGAUCUGCUUCCUUGAUCUGCACACUCUUAAGGUAUUUCACACAUUGGAACUGAAAGAAGGCCAAGAUAUAACAACACUUGCAAUGAACAAGGACAACACAAAUCUCUUGGUUUCAACAGCUGACAAACAAUUGAUUGUGUUCACCGAUCCUGCUCUGAGCUUGAAGGUGGUAGAUCAGAUGCUCAAGCUUGGUUGGGAAGGUGAUGGGCUUAGUCCGUUCAUGAAAUAAAAACCUUGGCUCCGUCUUCGUGGUUCGGACCUCGUUGACCAUGAGUCGAGUCAACAAGAGAAAAGACAUUUUUUCAACGAUUUCUUUUGUGGAUGGGACCUGAGGCUGAGACACAGAUUCAAUUAGCAGGUGUUCUUGUGGUGUAACAUAUGUUUUUCUUCAGGUAGGAACAACUUUCGUAUAUAUGAACUAUACAUCGAUUGCAAGAUAUUAGAUGUAAAAUAGACGGUGAGUUAUGCGGAAUUCAGACUUUGGUGUUGUAAAUUGUUGCCACCAUGGAAGUGGCAUUUGAGUUUUUGCA